AACGUCGUCCCCGUUCCAGUACAUUUGCAUGGGUCACUUCGUAGGGAACAGUGUGCGGGUGUGCACUCCAAAAGUGUUCUUUGAAGUACCGAGACACUGGCAGUCGAAUUGUAAGUGGGUUUAGUACGCGCUGUGUUGAUCUUUGUCGAUAAAAUCGAUAAAAUGGUUGCGGUUAAGGGACGGAAAAGCUCUAGCAAGAAUCCUCCGAUAUUAAGCCAUGAAUUCGUUAUUCAAAACCACGCAGAUAUUAUUUCUUGCGUGGCUAUGAUUUUCGUUGUUGGACUGAUGGUGCAGGUUACCUCUUCUUGGGCAUAUAUUUUUAUCGCCAUUCAUCACAAUGUAUCUAUUCCUUCCUCGACGGAAGAUGUUAUAUUACCUCAAAAAUAUACCACUGGUUGGAAGGAUGCGUGCGCAGUAUUCUUCUAUUUUCUCAUUACCAUUGUUAUGCACGCAGUUCUUCAGGAAUAUAUUUUCGAUAAAAUCUCAAAGCGUCUGCAUUUAAGUAAAAUUAAACUCUCGAAGUUUAAUGAAUCUAGCCAAUUGAUUACCUUCUAUACAUUAUCCGCCAUAUGGGGUAUUGAUAUAAUAGUUAGGGAUAAUAUUCUUCUAAACUUUACUUCUCUAUGGGAAGACUAUCCAGGCUUGAUGUCAUUUUCUCUGAAACUAUUCUUUGUUGGCCAACUUGCGUAUUGGUUGCACUGCUAUCCGGAGUUAUAUUUCCAGCGUGUGAAAAGGGAGGAGAUGUCUUCAAGAAUUAUCCAUGCCACUAUUGGACUUACAUUCACACUUUUAGCUUAUUUCCUUAACUUCCAACAUGUGGGAGUAAUUUUACUGGUUCUACAUUAUGUAGGAGACGCAUUGCAACAUGCAGCUCGAGUAACUCAUUUCGUAGAUCAGAGAGAGAAGGCAACUAAAGUUGCUUUCCUCAUAGCUAAUUCUAUAUUUGUCUUCUCCCGAGUCGCAACCAUCGCCCUUACAGGCUUAGUAUUUUUCUAUGGCCUAGGACAAAUUGAGCCCACUUUAGAUUAUGCUACCGGUAACUUCAACAGUCCAGCUAUUCGAUUCUUCUCUUUGGGACUAAUUGGAGUAUUCCAAGCAUAUCUCCUCUAUAACUUUGUAAAGAGGCAAAUCAAACGAUCUCGAGAAAAUAGUGUACCAGUCGUUACGAAGCUCAAGCCAAAGCAGAAGCCCAAAAAGAAAGAUGCUAAAAAAUUGCCAUUGUCUGAAGACGAUGAUCUGCCAGAAGUUGAUCAGGCGACAAAGAGGAAUUUAAGACCCCGAUCUGCUGCAAAGGCGAAAUGAAGCUGUACUAGAAAUAGAGAUUUUUAAAGACGAUCAUUCCUUGACUUUAGUAAACUAGAGUCACGAAUAAUUUAAUGGCAGAAGAAGAUUCAGUGGUGGCCGGUGCACGAAUGGCGCAAAAUUAACAUAACGGUUAGAAAUACUCAGGAACGAAUACAGGUGUUAAGCACUUAUGUGCGCCAAUUAUGCAAAUGUACAAAAUUAGUAUUCUCCUUUUUAUUACGUUCCCGUUUUUUAAGGGAUUUGAAAAACUCACUUGAAUAGUGUUGCAAGUAAAGGUUUACGACUCAGAAGAUAUACAUAUUCAAUUCUAGAAAUUGUAAUAACACUCGAUGAAUGUUUUGGCAUCGCUUGAAAUUACUAUCGUCGUGACUAUUUUUCCUGGUCACAUACUGCGAUUGAGAAUUUGUAAGUGACGUGCCACGCGGUGUACAAAAUGGUGUCCUAAAUUGGUGACCUCGUACCUAAGCUGAGAUAUUUUUUUAAUUUAUGCGAGAUAAAAAAAUUAAGAUAAAGUUAAAAGUGAUAGAUUCUUAUAGAUCACAUGCUUUGUAAUAUCAAGAUCUUACAAUCAUAGCAGAUGUUAUCAUGGUUAUAGGAGAAUGUGGCCUAAAAUGUAAUAUAUAGUCAUAUUCCACGGUAACUUUAUCUUCAAUUUUGAAAUUCAAGCAUUAAUGUAAGUACUAUCUAAAUUGUAUUGGUCUAUGAUAAGCAAAUUGUAGAAUUAUAAUUAAUAAAUUAUUAAGACAAUUUUCUA